AUGAGUGGCCGAGUCAGAGUUCCUCUUCUCCGACAAAUCUCGACCGGACGCCUCUUCUCCUCUCCGCCCCCCGCCCACCCUUCCAGCCUUCCAGUCCCGGUUCUUUCUUAA